AUGUCACCUUCAAAGAAGUCCGGGCCAGGGUCGCCCCAGGGCCAUGGCAAUCGAAACUCCAGCUCGCGGCGCCACCGGGCCAUCGACAUCGAGACGGGCGAGUUCCAAACCGUCAAUGUCUCUGCCAACAGCAACAAUCACCGUCGUGGCAAGUCGAACUCGUCCUUUGCCGAGACUAUCUCCAACACCAACAACAACCCCGAUAAUGUGCCACUCCAGGGUGAGGGCUCGCCGCGAGCCGAAGACCACAUCUCACGAAAGCGCAGUCUCAUUCGGCCCGAGCGCAACCGCAUCAACAAGGACCAUCGCAACUACCACUACCACAAGCAUGCCGCCAACAUGAGUGUUUUGCCCUCAUCCACCGGCAACGACCCUCUUCUCGAAAACCUCGACGCCUCCACGGAACGAUCCGCCGGCUCCAAUGCCUACGAGACCGUCUCGGAUAACUCCAAGGACAACCAGGCCCGGGCCCAGGAAAAGUCGAGCCCGCCCGCUACCCGUCCUGUUCGCGGCAAGCAUGGCAAGAUCGUCAAGGAGAGUAAGAUCAAACCGAGACGCAAGAAUAAAGCUGUCGAGGACAAGCUGCGCCCCCCAACCGUCUGGAAUGCCUACUGCUCGCUCGUCACCUUUUGGUGCCCGGGCUUCAUUCUCCGCUGCUGCGGCAUGCCUACCAAGGCUCAGCAGCGCGCCUGGCGCGAAAAGAUGGGCCUGAUCAGCAUCAUUCUCAUGAUCAUGGCCGUUGUUGGUUUCCUCACAUUCGGUUUCACUGCCGCCGUCUGUAGCGCUCCGCCUGUCCGUCUUCGCAACAACAAGGUUGGGGGCGGCUACAUGAUCUUCCAUGGUGUCGCCUACGACUUGUCUAAUUCUCACCACCCUGUCGCCGAGGGUAUUCCUGCCCGAGCAGACCGCACCGGUGCCAACGUCUUGUUUGACUUGCCCGAAAAGCAUGCCGGCCAGGACGGAAGCUUCCUCUUCCAAAACGUCAACGGCGCCUGCAAGGACAUCAUUACUCUCGCUUCCAAUUCCGAUGUCCCCACCAACAACAAUGGCGACAUUGCCUGGUACUUCCCCUGUACUACGACCAACCAAGAUGGCUCGACGCAACCCAACCUGACCAUUCCCUAUUAUCUCGGCUACGCCUGCCACACCUCCAAUCCCGCUCGCGACGCCUUUUACAAGGGGCUACACGGUGCUGCUGACGUCUACUUUUCCUGGGACGAUAUCCGCAACAGCUCGCGCAACCUCAUGGUGUACUCUGGAAAUGUCCUCGAUCUCAACGUUCUCAACUGGUUUAAUGAAUCCCAGGUUCGCAUUCCUGACCGCUUCAAGGAGCUCCGCGACCCCAAGUCUCCCGUCAACAAGGCUGUCCGCGGACGCGAUGUCACUCGUCUGUUUCAGAGCUCAGAGGACAAAAAGUACGCUCAGUGUUUCGAGGAGAUUAUCAAGGUUGGGUCCGUCGACACCGAAACAGUCGGCUGCAUCGCUUCCAAGGUUGUUCUCUACUGCGCAUUGGCUCUGAUUCUGUCCGUCGUGCUGGCCCGAUUCUCCCUCGCCCUCAUCUUUCAGUGGUUCAUCAGCCGCACCUAUGCUGCCACCAAGACGUCGCAGAGCUCCGACCGCCGUAAGCGCAACAAGCAGAUUGAGGACUGGUCUGAGGACAUUUACCGCGCACCUGUGCGCCUUCCCGGGGAGCUUGGCAGUACCGUGGCUGGCUCAGAUCGCAACAGCAAGCGCGCCUCCACCUUUUUGCCAACAACGUCCCGAUUCUCUGCCGUCGGCCCUGCUGAGCGCAGUCUCAAUGCUCGCGGCCGUCUUCCCACUACCAUGUCUAGCCAAGGUGGCAGCGCCCUGCUUCAGCCCAAUCCUGUCUACAAGCAGAGCAACGACAGCCGCGCCAGCUUCCUUCGCUCGGAGCCAUAUGGCCAAAACAGCUCCACUGAUGGACCCGGCCCAGCAGGUUUCAUUCAUGACUCUGUUGUUCCCCAGCCGCCCUCUGACUGGAUGCCUUUUGGAUUCCCUCUUGCUCACACCAUGUGCCUAGUCACUGCCUACUCUGAAGGUGCCGAGGGUAUUCGCACCACUCUUGAUUCGAUUGCCAUGACGGAUUAUCCCAACAGCCACAAGGUCAUUCUCGUUAUUUGCGAUGGUAUCAUCAAGGGCAAGGGUGAAUCCAUGUCAACCCCGGAUGUCUGCUUGUCUAUGCUCAAGGACCACACCACACCGCCAGAGCUCGUCCAGCCGUUUUCGUACGUCGCCGUGGCUAGUGGCUCCAAGCGACACAACAUGGCUCAGGUGCAUUGCGGUUUCUACGAUUACGGCGGUGACUCUCGCAUUCCUCAGGAGCGCCAGCAGAGAGUCCCCAUGAUGGUCAUUGUCAAGUGCGGCACGCGCGCUGAAUUUGGCAAGAGUAAGCCGGGUAACCGUGGUAAGCGUGAUAGUCAAAUCAUCCUCAUGUCAUUCUUGCAAAAGGUCAUGUUUGACGAGCGCAUGACGGAGCUCGAGUACGAAAUUUUCAAUGGCCUCUGGAAGGUGACGGGUAUAUCGCCCGACUACUACGAGAUAGUGCUCAUGGUCGACGCCGACACCAAGGUCUUCCCGGACAGUCUAACGCACAUGGUAUCUGCCAUGGUCAAGGACCCCGAGAUUAUGGGCCUCUGUGGUGAGACCAAGAUUGCCAACAAGCGUGCCAGCUGGGUCUCUGCCAUUCAGGUCUUUGAGUACUUCAUCUCGCACCACCUCGCCAAGUCGUUUGAGUCUGUGUUUGGUGGUGUCACCUGUCUGCCCGGCUGCUUCUGCAUGUACCGUAUCAAGGCGCCCAAGGGUGGCCAGAACUACUGGGUACCUAUCCUGGCCAAUCCUGACGUGGUCGAGCACUACUCGGAGAAUGUGGUUGAGACGCUGCACGAGAAGAACCUGUACCUGCUUGGCGAGGAUCGCUACCUGACAACUCUCAUGCUGCGAACGUUUCCCAAGCGCAAACAGAUUUUUGUACCGCAGGCUGUCUGCAAGACCACAGUUCCCGACGAGUUCAUGGUCCUGCUCUCCCAGCGUCGUCGCUGGAUCAACUCUACCGUGCACAACCUCAUGGAACUCAUUCUCGUCCGCGAUCUGUGCGGUACCUUUUGUUUCUCGAUGCAGUUUAUCAUCUUUGUCGAGCUCAUCGGUACCCUGGUCCUGCCCGCCGCCAUUGCCUUUACCUUUUACGUUGUCAUCACGUCGAUUAUCCACCAGCCUGUGCAAAUUAUUCCCCUUGUGCUGCUCGGUCUCAUUCUCGGCCUGCCCGGCGCGCUGAUUAUAGUAACGGCUCACUCGUGGUCCUACGUCGUCUGGAUGCUCAUCUACCUCAUUUCACUGCCCAUCUGGAACUUUGUCCUCCCCACGUACGCCUUUUGGAAGUUUGACGACUUUUCCUGGGGCGAGACGCGCAAGACGGACGGCGAGAAGAAGAACGCCUCGGGCCACGAGGUGGCGGGUGAGUUUGACAGCUCCAAGAUUACCAUGAAGCGCUGGGCCGAGUUUGAGCGCGAGAAGCGCAGCAAGAGCGCGUACUGGGCGUCGAGCUCCCGCGACAACCUGGUGUCGACGGGUAGUGGUUGGGCGCUGCCGGCUGCACCAGGCCACGAGGAGUAUUACUCGGAUGCGUGA